CCCAACUUGAAUGGCACGUCCUUAGAAAAGGGAACAAGAUGACUGAAAGCAGUAUGCUACUUUAACCAGCGAUUUAUACUUCUUUAUGAAUGCAAGAGGACAACUUUGAAGCUUCUACAUCGAUAUCUCAACUUCUGAGAGAGAGCUAUUUAGCUGAAGUCCGAAUACAUCAAGAGCACGGUGAGAAAAGCAGGUCAGAAGUUGCCUCACAGCAUUUCUAUUAUGGCAGUAAAUCUGGGGUUUCCCAGGAUUUAGAUGGUCAGGAUGAAUCCCCCGACCUGUCCGCAUUUUUGAGUCAGGAAGAAUUGGACAAAAGUGUAAAUUUAGCUCAGCAAGCCAUUGCCCAAUGUUCUCAUGAAGUGAAGAAAGAUGAAAAGCAGAUCAAUGUAAGCUGCCCCAACAAAGAUUUGUAUGACACUUUGAGACCUGCUGGGAAUAGAAAAGUUCUAGAAUCUGCAAGUUCCUCAGGUUUCCCAGAGAAAUUGAACAAUCAAUCAUACCACUGUGAGUAUUUCACCAAAAGUCCCAACAGUUCGAAAGAAACUCACAGAGAAUCAAGAAAGCCGUCAAAGAACAGCCCUUACAGUACUGAAACAGAAGCUAAAAAAGAUUACUUAAGUAAAGCUGCGGAUUUUAUUGAGGAGUUAUCUUCACUCUUUAAAACAACAAGUACAAAACGGAUUAAACCUAAAACCUGUAAAAACACUCGAAGCAGGGCACAGACAAAAUCUCACUCACAAGCUCAAUAUUCAUCUUGGUCUGUCGACGAGAGGGAGAGGACACACGUACCGUUUUCUGUUCAGGUAUAUGAAGAAACUAUACCAAAGGAGGAAUCUGAAGAAAUAGCACAGGCUCCGGUUCUAUCAGCGGGUUCUGAGACACUAACAGCAGAAGCUAAAACAACCGAAACUCAGUCAAGACCUUUUUACAUUGAAGGUACUGAAGGGAAUCCACCACGAUUCAUCCAGCGACUAAAGAGCAGGGAAGCAGCAGAAGGAAGCAGGGUCCAGCUCGACUGUGUUGUGACAGGAUUACCAACACCAGAAGUAAGGUGGUAUUGUGAAGGAAAGGAGCUCAAGAAUUCGCCUGAUUUUCAGAUUGGUUAUGAUGGUAAUCAUUACUUACUGACGAUUUCUGAGGCCUUUGAGGAAGAUACAGGACGCUAUACUUGCUUGGCUUCAAAUAUAUAUGGAUCAGACACAACAUCUGCAGAACUCUAUAUAGAAGGACUCUCUUCAUCUGAAUCCGAGCCAGACUCUGUAAAGGAAGACAUGACUCAGGUUCAAGAUAAGAUUCACAUUACUGUUGCAGCUCCGUCCCCUCCCUCCAAUCCUGCAACUGUUCAUUCAGAGUUCCACCAGUUACAUCCCACAGUUGACCCACCUCCAGUGCGCCCAAUUCAUCAGAUACAAAGCCCCACAAAUUUGCUGCAGGGAUUGGAUGGACUACCCCUCAUGGCUGCUCCAGUUUUUACAAAGCCGCUGCAAGAAGUGACAGCUAAAGAAGGGCAGCUGGUCGUGUUGGAAUGCCGUAUUAAAGGAGUACCUUUCCCGAAAAUGGAAUGGUACAGAGAAGAAACUUUAAUAGAAGAUUCCCCUGAUUUUCGAAUCCUGCAGAAGAAACCACGGUCAAUGAGUGAUUCAGAGGAGAUCUGCACCCUGGUAAUUGCUGAAGCUUUCCCUGAAGACUCUGGGAUGUUUACAUGUACAGCCAGCAACAAGUAUGGCACCAUGUCAAGCACUGCUCAACUCACUGUACAUGGAACUGAAGACAGUAAUGUUGUUAGUAUGAAUGUUUCAAGUUCUGUGACAGUUGAGGCCACUGAGGCCAAUGUGCCAGUCCAGCCAGACAAAACGCUGUUGCGUCCCACUGCCCGCCUAAAACCCAAACUGGAGGGCGUUCUUGUGAACCAUCAUGAUCACAAGCCUAAAGCUGGGCUGCGAGUGCAUUUCAAAUUGCCUGAAGAUGACACUGGAAGUGAGCCUUCAUUUCAAAGGGAACAUAACACAACAAAUGGACAGAGCACCUGGGCAUCGGGGCCAAUUUCACCCACAAAAGAGCCCCCACCAGUAUUUGCCAAACCAAAACUGGAAAAGGACGUAGCAGGUAAAACGUAUAAGAAGAUAAAUCUAGAAUGGAAGAAAAUUAUAUGUGAUCCUGUCCAGUUGCAACAACUACACAACCAGGUUCUACUUGAACAGCAGCAAGAAGUGACCUUACAACAGCCACCAUCGCAGUCCUUAUCCUUGUCCUCCUCACUUCCAACUGCCUUUCAGCCCACCAUGAAUGUUGUCAAUUCUGCUCCUCAUCCACCUGUGCAGCCAUCCCCAUCUAGCAAGUCACCAACACCAAAAAACACCCUGCCCCAGGCAUUUAAUUAUGCCCGCCCAAAGCAGUUUAUUACCACCCAGAAUGUUGUACGAAGUUAUUCCCCCUCACUUUCUCCUGUGUCCAUGCUGAGCACAGGAUCUGAAAAGACAGAGAAGCAGUGUGAUGAAGAAAAUUACUUUGGAUUUCCACUCACACCAGCAUAUCAGGGUCCUAUUAUAUAUCCCAGUAAGAGUUUGCCAUCCCCAGCCUCACGCAGUUCCUCUGCCACAAGUACAAUCGGGCAAGCCAUUUCUUCCACUAUUUCUCCUCUGCCGAAUUUUCAACCUCAGAUUGUAUCACCAACUUCCAUUAAUGCUGGUAACUCCUGCCCUAGCCCAGUUCAGAAUCCAGUGGCUUUCCUCAGCUCUGUAUUACCAUCAUUGCCUUCUGCACCGUCGACCAAUGCCAUGGGCCUUCCCAAGAGUGCUCCAGCAAUCCCUCCACAAGGUAUCUUGAAGAAAGUGCUGAAAUCCCCUCUAACAUCCACCAGUGAUGAAAUAUGUAAGAGCAAGGAUACUGUAAUACAUGACUUAGACAGAAAGUUACACUUCAAAGAGGAAGUUUUCCAGACUGGACAACAGGAAUACAAAGUGUCCAGCUUUGAACAAAGACUUAUGAAUGAAAUUGAAUUUCGCUUGGAGAGAACUCCUGUCGAUGAAUCUGAUGAUGAAAUACAACAUGAGGAUAUUCCUACAGGGAAGUGCAUUGCACCGAUCUUUGAUAAGAAACUCAAACAUUUCCGAGUGGUUGAAGGAUCACCAGUAACAAUGAGCUGCAAACUUUUAGGGAUACCAGUGCCAAAAGUAUACUGGUUUAAAGAUGGUAAACAAAUUUCCAAGAAGAAUGAACAUUUUAAGAUGAAGCGCGAUGGUGAUGGUGCAUGUUCAUUGCAUAUUGAAUCAGCCACUAAUGAUGAUGACGGCAACUACACAGUUAUGGCAGUAAAUCCCCAGGGAAGAAACAGUUCCUCUGGUCAUCUCAUGAUACAGAAUACUCCAAUACGUGGCCGUAUAGUACCAUCAGUUCAGAGCCAAAGGACAAGAUCUCGUGUAUUAGAAGGAGAAGAACCUGUACAGGAACGUUUUUUCUGCCCCCAUUUUCUUCAGGCUCCUGGUGACAUGAUAGCUCAUGAAGGACAAAUAUGCAGAUUGGACUGCAAGGUGAGUGGGCUACCAAAUCCUGACCUUAUCUGGCUGCUGAAUGGAAAACCCAUCUUACUAGAUGUUACUCACAAGAUGCUCGUGCGUGAAAAUGGAAUUCACUCCCUCUUGAUUGAUCAUCUUACAGCAGGAGAUGCAGGAACUUACACAUGCAUUGCGACAAACAAAGCAGGACAAAGUUCCUUUAGUUUGGAGCUGUCUGUUGUAGCAAAAAAUAUUACAAAGGUCCCUAUAUUUAUUGAGAAACUGCGGAAUACAGGAGUGCCAGAGGGCCACCCAGUCCGAAUAGAAUGCAGAGUGGUGGGCAUGCCGCCUCCCUUAAUCUUCUGGAAGAAAGACAAUGAGACAAUCUCUCCCAACAGGAAUAGAAUAAGCAUGCACCAAGAUACCACAGGAUAUGUCUGUCUCUUGAUUCAGCCAACCAAGAAGGAAGAUGCUGGUUGGUAUACUGUGUCUGCCAAAAAUGAAGCAGGAAUAGCAUCUUGUACAGCCAGACUGGACUUGUAUGCACAGUGGCACCAGCAGAUUACACAGCCAAUAAAGCAAGUGCGGCCUUCAGGCAAUCGAUACGCAGCUCUCACUGGCCAAGGACUUGACUUUAAAUCUGCCUUCUCGUCAGGAGACAGCUCGCAGUUCCCAACCAAACAUGGAGUGAUGGAGAGCGAUGAACUGUGAAGUUAUUUCAUUAUUUUUGCUUUUGCAGGACUUAGAACUGUGAAGAUAAGAGAGGCCAAGUGAUUCAGGUUUACAUGAAGUUGUUUUUCUAUGUCCUUGGUGCCUUUGUGAAUGUUGCAAGCAGCACAAUUGAAAUGGUGAUUUUAAGUAGAGUGCAGAUGCUAUGUAGAAGCAAUAUGAUGAUUUCUGUAACUCCUUGUUAAUAUGGUUGGAAAACUCAACUUAUUGAAUAUAAAUGCAAGCAACAUCCCAGUUAAAAUAAUCAUGGAAAAUUGGAUGACAGUCACCAAAGAAUAUCUUGUUUAUUUGAAUGUCUGUUAUUUCUGUGUUUGUGGAGUUUUCAAAAGCAUUGGGAUAAGGAAGGUGGUCAGACUAUUAAUUGGCACAAUACGAAGUGUUUGAUUCUCAUCUGCAAAAGGAUGUUUUUCACUCAAAUGUAGCUUGCAAUAGCUCAGACAUGCUCCGCAGAACCAUAGCAUAUUGAAUAGCUUGUGUUUCUUUAUUAUAAUCAUAACUGGUAUAGUGCAGCAAGUUGUUUGUAUCAGUUAAACCCAUUGACUGCAGUGGACAUUGUUACUCAAGCGUUUCUGUGCUUAUUUAUAACUAUGCAAGUGAAUCUUUUGAUUGUUUAUUAAAAUGGUUAACUUUCUUUCCCUCAGAACUGUUUUGUCAGCAUUUACACUGUUAAGCAUGAAGCAGCUAAUCACAACGAGACAAUUGAUUGUGGGGCUCCCUAAAUCUACUUCAGUAUUUACAUUGGCUAGGAUUUUACAGUUGUAAAAAUGGCAAAACUGUCAAUGUUUGCUGCCGUUCCCUUGUGAAACUGAAACAACUCCUGAGGUCCUCAAAUGUGCAGUUAAAUUUGGAAAUUCAGAAGUCGCUACCAAUAAUUCCCUGCUCCUCCAUGGGAUGCGCCAUUAAAUUCCUUGCAGAUGGAAAUCAAUUAGAAAUCAAUGGAUUGAUAUCCACUUCCACUUUCUAAACUAUUAGUCUCGCUGUAAAAUCCGUUCAAAAUUUUACACCUUGUUAAAUGAGAUGUAAUUGGGUUUUUAAGGGUGUUCAGAAUUACUGCUAGUCAACAACCUUUCUAACCCCCAAAAUGAUUUUGAAAUCAGUGUAAUAUCAAAAUUCUCUAUUCUGUAGGUUUUCAAAAACAAAUAUUUUUUGAAGUUUAACACAUUUCAGCUUCUACUUUAAUCCCAUGUGUAUGUUACAAUCUUUAUUUUGCUUUUGGUAAAAUUUUAAAAAGUGAAUGAUAAAAUCUGCUUGUUACUUCUUGGUUUUCGCUCUUUGAGAAUUCUUCAAUGUGAUUGGCUGCUUAGCUUGCAUGCUGGCAAAAUUGCUGUAUGCCAGAUAUCCCCUUUAGUUGAUGCCAAAAUGAAAUUAACUUCAGGAAAAAGAUGAAACACACAGCCCAGCAAUUGCUAGAUCUUUUGUGCAUGGCUUUCUUUGAGGUCAGCAAGUUCUUUUUAUUUUUUCAUGGGAUGUGGGCAUGGUUGCCCAUCCCUGAUGAUGGGAUGCAAUCAGAGCAUUAGCCUGGGUCUCUGAUAUACUAGUCUAAUAUCAUUACCACUACACCACCAUCUCCCUCUAGUGUCAUCACUUUGUCACUGACUGCAAAACCCAGGCCAGUAAUUCCAUCUGGUUGGUAAUAAGCUGACCCCAUAGCCACCGUGUAUGAUGGCUGGGACUUCACCCCUUCUCCAUUCAAAGUCAACAAAUGACAAUUCCACUUCAAACUAUAAAUUGCUUUCUGGACCCAGACAGAGGGGAGCUUUUAAUAAAUCAGUCAAUAAAUGCUCAUCUGUAUGGAGUCUUUUUUACCUAUCAUGCUAGCUAACAACAAGUUACUUGUUAAAAUGUCACAUAUCCAACCAAAUACCCACCGACAAACAUAGGAACUGUUCCACAACAGUUAGCUAUUUAUUUUCAUUUUACAGAUAUUUUUGACAACAAAAUCAUGUGAAAUAGCCUUUUAGAUUUUCUGAGAAAUGCUUCAGGUUGUUUAGCAGUUCACAGUACCUUUCCUGAUUCAGUAUAUACAGGCUGCAAUAUUACAUAAAGUGCCAGGUUAGCUUAAGCCAAGUGUUUUAAUGUAAACUUGCACUUGUAAAGAAAUAAUGGAUUGUUUAUCUUGUGAAUAAAGUUUUAUUUAUUCCAA